CUAUGACAGGGGUUCCACAUUCAACGUCUUUGUGGGAAAAGGCCAGCUUAUUGAAGGAAUGGAUAAAGCUCUACUUGGAAUGUGUGUGAAUGAGAGACGAUUUGUGAAAAUUCCACCCAAACUUGCUUAUGGGAGUGAAGGUGUUUCUGGUGUAAUCCCCCCGAAUGCAGUGCUCCAUUUUGAUGUGCUUCUGAUCGAUCUCUGGAAUUCUGAAGAUGAAGUGCAGAUUCAAACUUAUUUCAAAUCUGAAAACUGUACUCGGACAGUGCAGGUGUCUGAUUUUGUUCGAUAUCAUUAUAAUGGAACAUUUUUGGAUGGGACAUUGUUUGAUUCAAGCCACAAUCGGAUGCGAACUUAUGACACUUAUGUGGGAAUUGGAUGGCUGAUUCCUGGAAUGGAUAAGGGACUCCUGGGAAUGUGUGUAGGGGAAAAGCGUAUCAUCACCAUACCACCUUUCCUAGCAUAUGGAGAAGAAGGAGAUGGUAAAGAUAUUCCUGGACAGGCUUCUCUGGUCUUUGAUGUGGCUCUGCUAGAUCUUCAUAACCCAAAAGAUGGCAUCACUAUUGAGAAUCAGCAAGUGCCUGAAUCCUGUGAGCGCAAAAGCCAGACUGGAGAUUUUCUCAGAUACCAUUAUAAUGGCACGCUUAUGGAUGGUACACUGUUUGAUUCCAGCUAUUCCCGGAAUCGUACAUAUGACACCUAUGUUGGAAAAGGCUAUGUGAUUGCUGGGAUGGAUGAAGGCUUGCUAGGUGUAUGCAUUGGUGAAAAGAGAAGAGUAAUAAUUCCUCCUCACCUUGGAUAUGGGGAGGAAGGAAGAGGGAAGAUUCCAGGAUCAGCAGUGCUGGUUUUUGACAUCCAUGUGAUUGAUUUCCAUAACCCUUCAGACUCUGUCAGCAUUACUACUCAUUACAAACCUACCAACUGCACAGUUCUGAGUAAGAAAGGGGAUUACCUGAAGUAUCAUUAUAAUGCCUCGCUUCUGGAUGGCACUUUGCUGGACUCAACGCUUAAUCUUGGCAAAACGUACAACAUAGUUCUUGGAUCUGGCCAGGUUGUACUGGGGAUGGACAUGGGUCUUCGAGAUAUGUGUGUUGGAGAAAGACGAAGAGUUGUUAUUCCACCCCAUCUUGGUUAUGGAGAACAUGGAGUUGAAGGUGAAGUGCCUGGUAGUGCUGUAUUAGUUUUUGACAUUGAAUUGCUGGAACUAGUGUCUGGUUUACCUGAAGGCUACAUGUUUAUAUGGAAUGAUGAAGUCUCACCCAAUCUCUUUGAAGAAAUCGACCAGGAUAAUAAUGGGGAGGUUCUUUUGGAGGAGUUCUCAGAAUACAUUCAAGCUCAAGUCAAUUCUGGCAAAGGGAAACUAGCUCCUGGUUUUGACUUUGAAAUGAUCGUUAAAAAUAUGUUCGCAAAUCAGGAUCGAAAUGGAGAUGGCAAGAUUUUAGCUGAUGAAUUCAAACUGAAAGACCAAGAGUCCAGAGAAGAACAUGAUGAACUGUAACACUAAACCAGGAAGAAUAGCGAGCUGAGCUACUGUUGGAAGAUCCAUGAAGUGUGUUUGUGUUUGAAAGGAUGGUGUUUGGGCAGUGUGCAUGCUUGAGUGUGUGCGUGCAUUGUGGAUUGUUGCACAAAGUAAAAGGUUUUUAGUUUAAAUCUGUAGUCCUAUUAAAACAAGCAUUAAGUGCCUCAUCGUGAGAUUUAUAAACUGAUUUAAGAGUAUGCUGCCAAACAUGGUUUUGUGAACCAUAUGGUUAAUUUUUAGGUUAAGGAUCACAGUUCAUUUUGAAUGAUAAGCUUCUUUUGGAUGGAUGAAAAAUAGAAAAAAUACAGGGUGCUUUUUUUUUUUUUUUCAACUUUGUAUUUAAAAUCUCUCUACAGGUAUAUAAAAUGGAAAACAAAACAAAACAGAGCAUGCCCCAUUAAAGUAUCUGCUAAAGAACAAACUUGCUAUCAGAGAGCAAUUGUAGUUCUCUUUUAGAAAGUGUGUAAAUUUUUCAGUAAGUAAAGCAUCUCUUGAUAGUCUGAAGCAGGAGCUAUGAUUUGCUGAUUACAAUCAAAUAUUAGACGUGCCAAUCAAAUUUCUGGCAAGCUGUGAAUAAAAUGAAACGGGGUUAACUUAUGACCACUUGUGUGAUGCUGGGUCUCAUUGUGUGUAAUAUGUUUGCUACAUUCCUAUAUUUUAUUUAAUUAGUACGGUUGACUCUCAUUGGAAGACUGUUAAAGCACUGGCUAAGAUGAAUACUAAAGCCCAGGCAAUCACCUAUUUGGACCUGUAUAUGAGACAAUCGAUAAAAUAUACCAAAUUGUAAGAGAGAGACGUCCUAGAAAGUGGCAUGAGUAUAAGUCAACAGAGAAUACCUUUUGAGGACCACAAAUAUAUAUUGUACAACACUGUCAGGAAGGUACAAAUAGGGUUGAUGUUGUGUUUGUUGAAUGCUUUUUAGGUUCCUGCUUUCCUUGAUGUGUACAUAAAUGGUUUUGAAUAACCUGAGACACUCCUUUUGAAAACUGCUAUUUUUAAAUGAAAACAUUUUGUAUUGGCUUUUGAAACAGUUGUACAAGAAAAUGCCAUUAACUUUUUUUGGUGUUUGAUAUGUGCUGAAUAAUUUUUUUUUUUUUUUUGUUAUAUAAAAUAAUGAUCAACUCAA